GUGUCUGUGUUAGUAGACACCAUGUGAAGGUGGUCAGAGAUGCUGAGAGAAAAAAAAUGUUUGAGGACAAGCAGUGGCUCCUGUGAAUCAAUUAUAUAAAUGAUAUGAUGCACACUUUAAUAUAUAUUAUACAGUAUGAUACUUAAGGAAUUCAAUUCAACACAAUUCAUUCAAAAAUUCCUUUAAUUAGAGUUGCACAAUGUCUUUACACACAUGUGGGUGUCCGCCUACAGUAUAUGUAUAUAUACAGGCAUAUGUUCUUAAACUGAAAGUACGGCAAAGGCAUUCUUUGUUGCUCUGUCAUUUCCUCAGCUACUUAAGUUUUGAAAAAGUGAUAGAGAAACAACCAGAGAUGUCUGUCAGCUGUGUAUGUUUUUCACAUUUUGGUGAACACAAUAGGACAGACACUGGCUGCACAUCUAUACUGCAGACUCUCUCCCCCGGAAAACCCUCAGCAGACAUUUGUCAUCAGCUGAAACCAUUUACACCUCACUUGGUUAAAAACUGUGAAGAGGAUGAAUACCGGUUUUUCUGCCCUUGUCCUGGUCAGUUCCUGUGUGAAUUUACCAACAUUGUGUUUGAGAUGGAAAGUGAAGGGGAAGUGAAGUACAGAAUAAUGUCCUGGGACAACUGGCUCUUAAACAAUUUACCCCCCCCAAAAAAACCUGCAGGACCUCUGUAUAAUAUUGACGGUCCCAAAGAUUCAAUCCUUCGUUUGCACUUCCCACAUUGUGAGACGGGUAAAGGCAAGGCAAAACUGGCUGUAGCACAUGUGUCUGAUGGUAAAGUGGAGAUCAUUCAGCCACAAACAGUGACAGACACACAUGUGAUCAUAAACAUUCAGAGUCUCUGCCCAUUUGGUUUAAUUUCACCCUGGAAUACAAAUUUCAUCAGGGCCCAAGUUCUACUGUUCUACAAAAAAUUUACAGAGCACAACAAGAGUAAACUGAACAUCCACCUCCUGCCAGCAAAUGUGCCAGUUAAAGAGGUGCAGAAACAAUACAAGAGCUACACAUACAUUGUGACAACUGCCAGUUGUGAGCUGAAGCCUAGAACAAGAUACAAACUUCGCUGUAUUACUCCUGACAGUGUUUUACAAUCUGAGCUUGUGGAAUUUCAUCGUGACUGUAGCCCCAACUAUCACCCCACGUUUGACAUGCUCUUAAAUAUUGAGGUUACUAAACUCACAUUAAUUCUUUUGAAUAGAAGAGGCAGGGAGGUUUGGACACCAUCUGUAGUCUUGCUUACAGGUACAGAGCCAGACUCACACAGCCUGGAUACAGCAGGUGCUGACUUUGUGGAUGAACACAGAGAAACACUCAUUCAGAGAUUUCCUUCAGAGAUGGAGGUUGCAGACUGUCUGAUAGGCAAGAACAUGAUUUCUAAGGAGAUGUACAAUAACAUUCAGGCAAAGUCAACACCUCAGGAUAGAAUGAGAGAACUGUACACAUAUCUUGACUCAGUGGGAAGAGCUGCAAAGCAAGAAUUCUAUAACAUCCUUGAAAAUGACCACAGCUGUUUAGUUGAUGAACUGAAGUCAGGUCAGACUUGAGCUGGAGUAAAUAACACACUCUAAAUUAUUCACACACAUUCUAAAGAUCCAUUUAGAUGUUAAUACACACACACUUAUGGCAACAUGUGUUUUCUCUGUUGAUAAUUUUAAUUCUAUUUCAUUACUCCGUUCUAAUAUGCUAAUAUGUAUAUGUUAUAUAAAAUUAAAUCGAACCUUAAUUUCUUAUCAUUUCCACAUCGUAGAACAAAAUGAUACAAAAAAAAAAUUUACAUUUGUAAUUAUUGUGAUUAUUAUGUGAUUAUUCUAUUAUUUUGCUUCCAGUGGAUUGAGUUCAUAACUACACAUUUAUUUAUCGUAGGCUAUAUUGUACAUUUUGAUCUGAAUUUUUAAAGCAGGGGUGUCAAACUCAUUUUUAGUUUUAUUUAGAAACAAAUCUCUUUGUGCAAAUCUCUCUAUGCAUUUUGUUUCAUUUAAUUAUUAUAUUGAGGUUUUUUUUUUAAUGGUCUGAUUUCUUUACAUAUCUUUCCUUUAAUCUCUGAAAGUGCUUCAUGGCUGUGCUCCAGUCUGUUCCCAUGUUCCUCGCCUAUUUUCAGAAGUGUUAUGCUAAAUGUUUUAUUCAUAUUUUUAUUCCUUUUUAUUUAUUUUUAUUGAUAAAAGUAACAAACAGGUGAUCAUAGAUGUUAUAGAUAAUUAAUCAACACCAGUUUCCUCGUCUUUAA